AUGGAGCUGCGAGAAAAUCCAACGGACGGGAAACUAUGGGGAAAUUCCGCCUGCACUAAGGCAAUAGAUGCGGCGUCACUCACUUUCAAACCGCCACCGUCCAAUACGAAGGGCUCCGACGUACAACAGACCUACAGCCUCGAACUAAAGGAGAACUUGCCGACGUAUCCGUUCACAGUUUACUUUUCUUGCGUUAAGAAACCUACAGACCACGGUUCUGGGCGUGUUACAGCAUCCGGUCCUGCAAACUCUUGCUUAAUUCAAGUCUCUGUUCUCCCUACAGAACCGGUGCCAGCCCCUGAAACAAAUGUAUGCAGGGAAGGACAAAUCUCCGUAGCGGUCACCUCCGAUACCAAAACCGUCACUUUCGGAUGUGAUAAGGACGCAAUCCUUAAACCUGCGCUCCUGGACCAUGUGCUCAUUGAGAAAGCGCCUCAGAGUGAAGGCGAUCAGCGAACCGCUACAGAAAAGGAGGUUGUCUUGCAGGAUCUCGUCCCGAAUAGUAGUCUGGUCGCAACUGACCAAGCAGCAACAGCUGCUUAUACGCUGUCUUGCCCAGAUUUGCCUGCAUCUGCACAGAACUUCUUUUAUAAAUGUGCGUCGUCCACCACAGGCGGCAUAUCCAAGGGAGGCCAAAAGGAAUGUAAAGUCCUUGUCACAGUCGAACAGAACCCCGAUCCAUCAGCGACCACGACGCCGCCACCGUCCAGUGGUGUACAGCGGGGCGUUAUGAGCAGCGCCUGUAUGAUUGUGUCUAUUUCUUUUGCAGCGCUGGUCGCUGGGAAAUGGUUCUAA